ACAUCAGUUUUUGGACUUCCACUGUCUCAUACUCUAAACUCUUCCUCCAUCAACUCUCAACCUCUUUAUAAACCCUCUCCCUCCAUACCAAUUCUCCCUCACCAUCCAACACAACACAACAACGCUUCAAUAAUAAUAUACACAAACCAAAGUUUAUAUUUUAUUUUGCUAUCUUUCUCUCAAACACCUUAAUAGUCAACUUAUUUUUAACAACCAUGUACAUGGAAAUGGACAUGGACAUGGAUGCUAUCCAUGACCUCGACUUCUCCGGACACAGCAGCCUCACAAACACGCCUUCUUCAGAUGAUGAUUACGGUUGCAACUGGAACCAAUGGUCUCCCAUCGUUAACUGGGACACUUUUGCUGGUGCCCAGGAUGGUUUCCACCACCUCAUGGACACCAUCAUUGACGAUAGAACCACCCUCCUCGACCAGCUCAGCCCGACCACAACCACCACCACCACAACCACAGAAGAAGAGGAGGAAGAAGAAGAAACAGAAACAACAACAACCACCACCACCACAACAACCACGACGACGACAACAACAGAAAAAGCACAAGCGGUUGGUGAUGAUAUAAAAGGGCUAAAACUAGUGCACCUAUUGAUGGCUGGCGCGGAAGCCUUAACCGGUUCAACAAAAAACCGCGACUUAGCUAAAGUGAUAUUGGUUCGGCUCAAGGAGUUGGUUUCAAACCAUGCUCACGGCUCUAACAUGGAAAGACUCGCCGCUUAUUUCACCGAAGCCCUUCACGGUUUACUAGAAGGAGCUGGGGGUGCGCACAAUAACCACCAUCACCACAACAACAAACAUUACCUCACAACCAGUGGGUCCCACGACAACCAAAACGACACACUCACUGCUUUCCAACUACUUCAAGACAUGUCACCUUACGUCAAAUUCGGCCACUUCACAGCCAAUCAAGCCAUAAUCGAGGCCGUGGCCCACGAACGUCGCGUCCAUGUCAUCGAUUACGACAUCAUGGAAGGGGUCCAAUGGGCCUCAUUAAUCCAAUCUCUAGCUUCCAACAACAACAGUCCACACCUCCGAAUAACCGCAUUAUCACGAACAGGAGCAGGAAGGAGGUCAAUCGCCACCGUACAAGAAACUGGUCGGCGAUUAACCUCCUUCGCUGCUUCUCUCGGUCAGCCUUUUUCGUUUCACCACUGCAGGUUAGACUCAGACGAAACGUUCCGUCCUUCUACGUUAAAGCUUGUUCGUGGAGAAGCUUUGGUUUUCAACUGCAUGUUAAAUUUGCCUCAUCUUAGUUACCGUUCACCUGAUUCAGUUGCAUCGUUUUUAAACGGAGCAAAAGCGUUGAAUCCAAAGCUUGUAACAUUGGUAGAAGAAGAGGUUGGAUCUGUUGUUGGUGGGUUUGUGGAAAGGUUCAUGGACUCGCUUCAUCAUUACUCAGCUGUGUUUGAUUCAUUAGAGGCUGGUUUUCCGAUGCAGAAUCGGGCCCGGGCUUUGGUGGAGCGGGUAUUUUUCGGUCCGAGGAUCGCGGGCUCAUUGGGCCGGAUUUAUAGAACUGGUGGAGAGGAGGAGAGAAAAUCAUGGGGGGGGUGGUUAGGUGCGGCAGGGUUUAGGGGUGUUCCGGUGAGCUUUGCGAAUCAUUGUCAAGCGAAGCUUUUGUUGGGUCUUUUUAAUGACGGGUAUAGAGUUGAAGAGGUGGGUGUAGGUAGUAAUAAGUUGGUUUUAGAUUGGAAAUCACGGCGCUUGCUUUCUGCUUCACUUUGGACUUGUUCUUCUUCAGAUUCUGAUUUAUAGGUUGUUGAUGCUAAAUGCUAAUCUAUACUUAUUAGAUAAACAUCAAUUAGUCAUUCAUGCCUUUCUAAUAGUUUUGAAUUUGAUCGUAUGUUAAUUACUGACCCUCUUCCAAAUAUGGAAACAAUUAAUGGUUUAAUGUUUUGUACGUAUGUUAAUUUCCAUUUAUGGUAGUUUUGAUCGUUGAAAGAUCUAAGUUUUUGUUGACAGAGGUGACUCAUGUCUGGUUGUACGCGCGCCUUGUUUUGUAAAAAUUAUUACAUAAAGUUGAAAUAAAUUGAUUUAUUUUGUAGAAAAAAAAAAAUUUGAUUUUUUUUUUCAUGUCAGUUUUAAAUAAUAUACUCCAUUCUGU